UUCAUUUUGAAAUUUUAAAGAUUAUUCUUGCGAUUAAGAAGUGAUAAAGUUUUUCACAAGUUAGAAUAGAGACUAUUCUAAAUCGUAUUAUUCUCAAAUAAUAUAAGAUAUAAAACAGAUUUAGUAAGAUGAAGACACUGAAUAAUAUUUAUGAAAAAGUGAAGAAACAACUAAAUAGUUUGGAUGAUGCCAUGGUGUUAGCGAUACAUUGCCAAGCCAUUGACAAAAUGAGAUAUUUUGUGGGGGUAGGAAAAGACUGGCCAUCCAAAUUGAAAAUACUCAAACCUCACGAGUUACCGAAAGAAUGGAACUCGAAUCAAGACCGAUAUUUUCUAAGAUACGUGGAUGAUAAUAAGGAUCGCUUCUUGCUGGAUGUGUUCAAGAGCGAUCUCUUCAAUUCUCUUUUCGUUUUCUGGAUAGAUGUUCGGAACAAUGACUCGAACAUCAUUGACAUUGAAAGAUUUCAAUAUGCUGGAAAAGAAUUGAACAGUUUUCCGGAUAUCUAUAAGGAAGAUGUCUUCGUAAUUAGAGAAAAAAUUGAACAUCUCAUAUUAACCCCAGGGGAAAAUAAUGCUGGGCCAAAUAAAGAUCUAACGUACCUCACGACAUUCAAUAAUAUCUUUAAUAACGUAAAGGAACAACUUACUAGUUUGGAAGAUGCCAUAGUGCUAGCAUUGCAUUGUGAAACUAUUGAUAAAAUGAAGCGCUUUGUAGGAAUAGGAAAAGAAUGGCCAUCCGAAUUGAAAGUAUUGGAACCUCACAAAUUGCCAAAAGAUUGGAAUGCCAAUCAGGACCGAUAUUUCCUAAGAUACAUGGAUGAUAAUAACGAUCUCCUCUUGUUGGAUGUAAUCAAGAGCAAGAUCUUCAAUUCUCUUUUCAUCUUCUGGAUAAACGUUAAUAAUAACAAUUGUAACAUCGUUUCUAUAGAAAUAUCCGACUAUUGCAGAAAAAGAAUUGAACAAUUUCCAAGAAUAUAUUUUGACUAAAACACGCCAGUAAAAACAGAACCGAUAAACAGAAAUAUUCAUACACAAGAAAAUGAAAAUAAUAUUAAAGAAAACUAAAUAAAAUGAUUUUAAUUAAACUAAAGCAUAAUUAAGU